AUGGCACCGUCGAGGGCGCUCGCACGCCUAAACCUACUUCGCCGAGCCCAGCCAGCAGUCCGACGGCCCUACCAUUCUUACGACCACCCAGCGCCCCCUGGUGCCUUCAACACAUGCGAGCAAUCCAUCCUCUCCGCGGCCUACAAACACGUCCCCGAACACGGCUUCACACAGCACGCACUGUCUCUUGGCGCCCGAGAUGCUGGGUAUCUAGAUAUUAGUACCAAUUUACUCCCCCAGGGCCCCUUCAGCCUGAUCCAGUACCACCUCGUGACGCAACGAGAGGCGCUGGCGCCUCGUCGCGACGCCAUCUUCGCCGAAGAUGCGAGCGCUACCACUGUUCCUGCGCGUGUGGAGCGGUUGACGUGGGAGAGGUUACUGGGCAACCAAGAGGUGAAUCACAGGUGGCAAGAGGCCCUGGCUAUAAUGGCCCAGCCAACCCACGUACCGGCAUCGCUCCAUGAGCUCGCGCUCCUGGCUGAUGAGAUACACUUUCAGGCAGGCGACACCUCCGUCGAUCCUUCGUGGUACACGAAGCGCGGCGGCCUAUCCAUAAUCUACGCCUCGUCCGAACUGUUCAUGACGAACGACCAAUCGCCGGGAUUCAGAGAAACGCGAGCCUUUUUACAACGCCGCUUCGCUGAGGGUAGCACUUUAUCCAAUGCUGUCGGUGGUCUCACACAGUGGAUUGGCUUUACUGCCUCGGCUGGUGUGAAUGUGCUGAGAAGUAAGGGUGUGAGGAUAUGA